CACGCACUCGCCUUUUCCCACUCAGCUGCGCUCGUGAAAUCGCAUUCAGCCUCCGUCAGUCGAGUGAGAGUCACGUCGCCGCUCCGUCCGUACGAGCGAGAGAGUUAAAGGGACAUAGCAAACUUUACAAGUUUUUUCGCUGCGACACAGUGGGACAGUUAGUGAGAGUGUGUUUGCAAAUUAUGUGGUUGCACGAUGGACGCUGCCAUGUAUGAUUCGGUCGAGGUGAAAAAACUGUCCGGUGGAGCGGCCGGCGGCGCCGCCAGUGUUCUCGUCAACGGAGGAAACGCGCUCAAACUGGCCGCCCUCAAGCAGCACCAGCAGCAGCAGCUGUUGCACUUCAACAACAACAACAACUGCAACGGCGGCGAGCUGACCGAGAUCGGCGCCCAGGAGAUUUCGCUGGAGCUGCAGAAUCUGAUCGACGACAGCCAGUUCGGAGAGAAUCUCUUCUCCGAAAUCCUCUCGGGCCAGACCAAACUGCCCGGCCUGCUCAAGGCCACGCAGGACUACUCGCAGCAGCUCAACAAGAACAACAACAACAACAACACCGCCAACCUGAACCACCCGCACGUGGUGCCGUCGCCGCCGUCGAGCACCAACUCUGCGUGCUCGUCGCCGGCGUCGCCCUCCGCCUACAACUCGCGCGCCGCGCUGGCCUACAUGCCGCAGCCCGUGCACUCGGGGGCGGCGUACGGCAACGACAACAACAACGUGCCGCCCAUCAAAGAGGAGCCCGUCGACCCGCAGGACUUCCGCCAGUGUCCGCCCGGCGGUGUCCCGUACGCGUCGCCGCCCGUCGGCGGCGGCUACUCGCCCGCCGGCCUGCCCUACAGCUCGGGCUCCAGCGUCGGCAGCAACUCGAACGGGCCGACGUUCACCACCCUGACGUCGACCGGCGGCAUGGGCGGCGACCCGCACAUGCACCUGCACAGCUCGGGCCUCAAGUCGUCGUCGUUUUCGCACAAGAACCUGCGCAAGCACGCCGGCACGCCGAACCCGUCCGGCAAACCGGUGGACAAGUCCAGCGACGAGUACCGGAGACGGCGCGAACGCAACAACAUUGCCGUGCGUAAGUCGCGGGAAAAGGCGAAGAUGCGUUCGCGGGAGACUGAGGAAAAGGUCAAGUUGUUGGUGCGCGAGAACGAGCGUCUGCAGAAACGCAUCGAGUUGUUGAGCGAGGAGCUGAACGUGCUGCGCUCGCUCUUCUCCAACGUCGGCGUCCUUCCCGAGCACCUGCACCGCGAGAUUGACAAGCACCUGCAGAGCAUACAACAACAGCACCAGUCGCUGGGCCUCGGCUGAAGAACGUCCCCCGAAAUUCGCGGAGAAACGAUCGGCUCAGGGUUCUAAUGAGUUAAUUUUAUUGUUAUAUACUUUGGAUGUGGCUGUGUGUAUGUUACGGACUGCCGGAGGACUCUUUUGAAAGAAAGACUUUAUUCUUCACAACAUAUUCCUGAGACUCGCAGUUGUUUUUUUUUUCGCCGUUUUGUUGAGAUAUUUGAUUUAUAUAUAUGAUGCACAAUCGCGAACUGAUCCUUUUUGGAAGAGAGAGACACUCUGUCAACGGACUCGAGAGUGCGCGAGCGAGCGACGGCCGACGGCCCAGCUGGUAAGUUUUGGCUGAUUUGACUGGCACGCACAUAUAUACAAACACACGCGGUUGCAUAUUAUAUAAAAAUUCCAUUUUUCAUAUUGAAAGUCUGAUACGUAGAGUGUGUUAUUAUUACAUUAGCGUAGCAUAUCGGUCGAAAUGCCAGUAGUUUUGACUGUCAGUCAAAGUCACGCCAAAACGUGCCGCCCCCGCCGGCCCCAAUUUUCCGCCCCGCGAUGAUUAUUUCUGUUUUUUUUUCUAUGUAAGUGUACAUAAUAUACGAAUGACGAGAGGAGAAUUUUUAAGCUCUAGAGUGUAAUAUUUAAAUGUGGUGUUUAUAGAAAAAAAUUGUAAUAUUUCGUAGCGGAACACGAAGAACUAAAACUUUUUCUCGCAGAUUUGUGAACGUAGUUGAAUUUUUAAUUGUUCAGCAGUACAAGUUGUCUAUGUUUCAAUUGCGCGCUAAGACUUUUUCAUUGUUCAAAUAAUAAUAAUAAUAACGCAGCGAAUCAAUCACAUAUACACGUUGUUUCCGGUCCAAAAUUGAUAAUUGUUAUAAUUAAAUGCGAAAUUUGUGAUCAUGAUCGAGCAUGUUGGAAAAAUUGGUGAUCAUAUCAUACGUGUAUAUUUGCUGUAGCGAUUCUAUAAUUCAUAUAUUAGGCACACACGGAAAAUGAAAAAGAAAAAAAAAUAUGAUAUAUUUUCUAAGUAUUUGAUCAAAGUAUAUUCGAGAGAUACAAAUUUGCUAGGUAAUUUUUACAAUUUAAAGAGACAAAACAAAAUUUUGUACAGCGAGGCUCUAAAACAUAUAAAGAUUUAAACUUUAAUUAUAUAUUAAAAUAUGUAUACAUACUAAAAAAAGUGGAUAUUUCGCACCAAAAAUUAUAAAUUACCAUCCUGCUGGACAGACUUGACUUUAUAUCGGGACUGGUAAUUAAUCAAAUACAUUUAAUAACUCGCGGUUUUAAUUAAUCGUUCGUUGCCUGACCUCAUCAUGCGCCCCUUGAUCUGCAUUCUAGAACACACGCACGAAAUGUAAUAAUAAUAAUUAUAUAAAAUAAUGUGAAUGGUGAAAAAUCUCGCGGAGUGGUAAUAUCUCGAAAUGUUUUUUGCCAAUCAUUCAUCCUAAUAUUGUGACAAAAUGUGUAACCAAUCUGUGAACGUACCCAAACGAAACCAAAAUCCUCAUUCGUGAAAAUCGAUUUUGUACAGUAUUUUGCAUAAAUGUAGUGUUUACGAGAUGCACACUCACACAUACACCCCCUUUCACACUCUAGGGACACACACACCCACACACGACACACAAGAAGAAAAAAAAUUUACAAACAUGCAUAUAGCUUAAUAACUUUGAUAAUAGUCUCAUUAUUGUAUACAACAGUGUAUUUAUAUACAAUCUAUAAAAAAAAUUAAAAUACAAAAAGUGGAGUGUGGCGAGAGAAAUUUUGUGCUUCUCUUGACCGCCACUGUCACAGCAGCCCUUUUCUGAAUUCUCUAUAUCGCGACUUUUGCUGAAGCUGGAUUAUUGUAAUUUAUUUCUUUGAUAUAACUGCGCUAAUUACUCUUAUUAAUGUACAUAGGCAACCCCCACACACACACAUGCAUAAUUAGGAUCUUUAAAAAAAUAUAUAAAAAAAUGCCAUGGUGAGUGUUAACCAUUGUGUGACAUGUCAAAUUCAUCAGUGCACAAAAUAUAUUUUGAUACAAAAUAAAA